AACUAAAGAUACCGAUAACCGACCGUUUUGUCUGUGCUGCGAUCCGCUACCGUCACACUUUCGGUGGGGUGGGGUUUAUAGUGGAGCUGCGUGGAGAAUAGCGACUGUCUGGUAGAGUGAUGUCACAUAACGAGUAGAGGAGAGACCGAACCAGUGACUGAUUGUGAUCGUAGCUGCGGGGGAAAAGCGCACCUGUUGAAUAACAGGCUCACAACGAUAUUCCACUUUCACCGUCUUUUUUUCUUCUUCUCUGGGCUGCGUUUUGAAAAAAGUUCAGAAUGACGGAUACAAUAAUGACCAACGGAAUCAAGGACCGAGCGGGUCAGAAUGGAUAUUUUAAAAAGGGAUGUAAUCCUCUAGCGCUGACGGGCCGCUCCAAGCUGCAGAAUGAGAGAGCCAGUAUCAACCAACAGAUCAUCAGACAGAUGAGGAUGAGAGCUGGGGCAGAGAAUUUACUGAGGGCGACGUCCAACAACAAAGUGUGUGAGAUGGUCGGCCUGGAGCUGAGCUACAUAAACUCUAACCUGCAGCUGCUCAUGGAACAACUGGAGGGGCUCAACAGCUCAGUGGACGUCUACCAGAACAUCCAAGAGACCUCCAGCAUCCCUCUCAUCCCGCUGGGACUGAAGGAGACUAAAGAAAUGGACUUCUCUGUGUCAUUCAAGGACUUCAUCCUGGAGCACUACAGUGAAGAUGGCUCCAGCUUCGAGGAGGAGAUUGCUGACCUGAUGGACCUGAGACAGGCCUGUCGUACCCCCAGCCGCAAUGACGCCGGCAUCGAGACCCUGGCCAAGUACUUCAGCCACAUGCCUCUACUGGAGAGCCGCUUCUUCUCCGCUACCCGCCCGAUGGGCAUCUUCUUUACUUGGUAUGACUCGUUCACAGGUGUCCCGGUGUGCCAGCAGAACCUGUCUCUGGAGAAGGCCAGUAUUCUGUUCAACAUCGGCGCUCUCUACACCCAGAUCGGCACGCGCUCCAACCGCCAGACCUCCGCCGGCCUCCAGGAUGCCAUCGCAGCCUUCCAGAAAGCUGCCGGAGUCCUCCAUCACCUGAAGGAGACAUUCACUCACACCCCCAGCUAUGACAUGAGUCCCUCCAUGCUCAGUAUGCUCAUCAAGCUGAUGCUGGCCCAAGCUCAGGAGUGUCUGUUUGAGAAGAUCGCUCUGUCCGGCAUCCGCAACGAGUUCUUCUCUCUCCUCAAGAUGGCCCAAGAGGCUGCCAAGGUCGGAGACACCUAUGACCAGGUACACCAGUCUAUGAUCCAGACUCCCAUCAAGGACAACGUCCCGUUCUUCUGGUCCACCAUGGCUCAGGUCAAGACCAACCACUACCGUUCACUGGCACACUACUUCCUGGCUACUGCGCUAUUGGACCACCAGCUGAGACCCAGUGAUGAUGAGGACCAACAGGAGAAGGCUCUGUCCCAGGCGUAUGAUGCCAUGCCAGAUGGCCGCUCCGCAGUCGACAUCCUCAGGAAGAGAGAGGAGAGACGACACGUCGGUAAGGCCCACCUGCGGCGGGCUGUGAUGGGUCAUGAGGAGGGUCUGAGGAUCCAUGGUCUGUGUCGUCACCUCAGGAAGCUGGAUGUGCUCCAGGACAUCCUCCAGGCCAGUCACAAACGCUCCCUGGCCAAGUUCAAUGACAACGACCGAGAAGACGAGUUCACAGACUACCUGGAGGCUCCAGACAUUAUCUCUAAAACGGAGCACAAGGCAGAGAUGGAAUCACCCAUGUCCACAAAGGUGAAAGUCACAGACUUUUUCCGGAGGCUGGGUCCUCUGUCAGUGUUCUCUGCUAAGCUACGCUGGACAGCUCCUCGCACCGUCAGGCUGAGACUGGAGGACAGAGACCUGGGCUUCACCCUGAGAGGAGACCCUGUACCUGUCCAGGUUACCUCCCUGGACCCACUCUGCCCUGCCGCUGUCGACGGGCUGAAAGAGGGGGACUACAUUGUUGCCGUGGGAGACGCGGACUGUAAGUGGAUGGUAGUGAGCGAGGUGAUGCGGCUGCUGAAGGACGUGGACGAGGACGGGAUCGACAUCCGCGUUGUUAGCUUGAUGGACAGCGGCCUGCCCAUGCCCACUAAGAGUGCCACGUACUGCGGAGGUAUCCCUAAGACUUACUCGAUGAUCUGCCUGGCCUUCGACGACGACAAGAGCCCCAAGGGUCGCAAGGUGACCAAGAAGGGUUCCUUCCUGUCCUGGGGCGUGAAGAAUCAUCUGAAGAGCUCCAGUACCCUUAGCCUCCCCACAGCAGACUUCUCUGGAACACUGCCUUGGAACAAACCCUGUCCAACGUUCCCUUCCUCCAGCUCCUACAACGACCCCGCUCUUUACUAGAGAAGGACCUGAAACAUACUGGACUGUAUAUACACACACACACACACACACACACACACACACACACACACACACACACACACACACACACACACACACACACACACACACACACACACACACACUCUACUGGGUUAGAGAAUACUGUGUUAAGGUCCCAAAUGGCACCCUAUUCCCCAUAUAGUGCAGUACUUUGGAGGUCUAUGGGCUCUGGUCUAAAGUAGUGUACUAUCUAGGGAAUAGGGUUCCAUAGGGCUCUGGUCUAAAGUAGUGCACUAUAUAUAGGGAAUAGGGUGCCAUAGGGCUCUGGUCUAAAGUAGUGCACUAUAUAUAGGGAAUAGGGUGCCAUAGGGCUCUGGUCUAAAGUAGUGCACUAUAUAGGGAAUAGGGAGCCCAUUGUGGAGCAGCCUGAGAACCCAUGUGUUUGCAGUAAAGGUACAGGUUUGGCACAGUCAGUAAAGGCACAGGUUUGGCACAGUCAGUAAAGGCACAGGUUUGGCACAGUCAGUAAAGGCACAGUCAGUAAAGGCACAGGUUUUGCACAGUCAGUAAAGGCACAGGUUUUGCACAGUCAUAGCCCGUUGCGCUAUUUACACAUUAGAGUGGUGGUCUCUGUUGCUGCACUGUGCGUUGCUUCUCAGAGUUGGGACACGGUUAUGGAGGAGGAGGGAGGGAGGGAGGGAGGAGGAGGAGGAGAAGGAGGGAGGAGGGAGGGAGGAGGAGGAGGAGGAGAAGGAGGAGGAGGAGGAGAGGCUGUAGUAUUAACACAGCAGGACUGACUGGUUUGGUCUAGCUAUGUUACAGUGCAUUUAUCUCCACUAGUCCCUAUGUCACCCCUAUGUCUGUACUGGCUGUAUUUUUACCUUCCAUACUCCACUAGUCCCUAUGUCACCCCUAUGUAUGUACUGGCUGUAUUUUUACCUUCCAUACUCCACUAAUCCCUAUGUCACCCCUAUGUCUGUACUAGCUGUAUUUUUACCUUCCAUACUCCACUAGUCCCUAUGUCACCACUAUGUCUGUACUGGCUGUAUUUUUACCUUCCAUACUCCACUAGUCCCUAUGUCACCCCUAUGUAUGUACUGGCUGUAUUUUUACCUUCCAUACUCCACUAGUCCCUAUGUCACCCCUAUGUAUGUACUGGCUGUAUUUUUACCUUCCAUACUCCACUAGUCCCUAUGUCACCCCUAUGUAUGUACUGGCUGUAUUUUUACCUUCCAUACUCCACUAGUCCCUAUGUCACCCCUAUGUCUGUACUGGCUGUAUUUUUACCUUCCAUACUCCACUAGUCCCUAUGUCACCCCUAUGUAUGUACUGGCUGUAUUUUUACCUUCCAUACUCCACUAGUCCCUAUGUCACCCCUAUGUAUGUACUGGCUGUAUUUUUACCUUCCAUACUCCACUAGUCCCUAUGUCACCCCUAUGUAUGUACUGGCUGUAUUUUUACCUUCCAUACUCCACUAGUCCCUAUGUCACCCCUAUGUCUGUACUGGCUGUAUUUUUACCUUCCAUACUCCACUAAUCCCUAUGUCACCCCUAUGUAUGUACUGGCUGUAUUUUUACCUUCCAUACUCCACUAGUCCCUAUGUCACCCCUAUGUCUGUACUGGCUGUAUUUUUACCUUCCAUACUCCACUAAUCCCUAUGUCACCCCUAUGUCUGUACUGGCUGUAUUUUUACCUUCCACAACUUUUUUUUAAACUGAAGGACUUUAUAGAAUGCCAUGGAUCAUUGGCUGGUUUUUAUCUUGAUCCGUGAUUGGCUGGUUUUUAUCUGGAUCUGUAAUUGGAUGAUUAUUGACUACACAAAACACAUUUUAACUGGAAAACAAAUGUGUUUAUACAAGUGUCGAUGAAGGAGAGGAGACGGGUUAAAGAAGGAUUUUUAAGCCUUGAGACAAUUGAGACAUGGAUUGUGUAUGUGUGCCAUUCAGAGGGUGAAAGAGCAAGACAAAAUAUUUAAGUGCCUUUGAACUGGGGUGUGGUAGUAGGUGCCAAGCGCACCGAUUUGUGUCAAGAACUGCAAAGCUGCUGGGUUUUUCACACUCAACAGUUUCCCGUGUGUAUCAAGAAUGGUCCACCACCCAAAGGACAUCCAGCCAACUUGACACAACUGUGGGAAGCAUUGGAGUCAACAUGGACCAGCAUUCCCUGUGGAACGCUUUUGACACCUUGUAGAGUCCAUGACCCGACACAUUGAGGCUGUCCUGAGACAUUGAGGCUGUCGUGAGACAUUGAGACUGUCCUGGCACAUUGAGGCUGUCCUUGAGGGCACAUUGAGGCUGGAGAUAUCCCACUAUGGAGAUAUCCCACUAUGGAGAUAUCCCACUAUGGAGAUAUCCCACUAUGUAAACGGUGAAGGAUGUAACCCUUGAACCAGGAAGUGAUACGUCUGUAGUGAGUGUGUGAUAGACUAACACAAUGCGCUGUAAACUGAUGAAAAUUAGAUUUUUUAUUUGAAUUUUUGAAUUUU